AGUGCAAAAAAUUGGUGGAUCGGUCUCUCAAAGAAAGCUCCAUUGUCUAAAACAUACAAACGCCUUCAGACAUGGCAGCAUUGGUGAGAGAAUCAGUCUUGAAGAAUGAUGCCGGUAGCACCAUCCUGGUGAAAGGUGGAUUAGGAACUAAUAGCUACUUCAAAAACUCUGUCUAUCAGAAAUUGGCUACGAAUGUUGUGAAGGACAAAAUUGAGGAAGCCAUAACCAAGAAACUAGACGUGAGAUCGUUGUUAGCUACUUCAAGUAACACAAUUCGUGUAGCAGAUUUAGGAUGUGCAGUUGGCCCAAAUACCUUUACUUGUAUGCAGAACAUUGUAAAUGUGGUUAAGGAGAAGUACCGAUCCCAAUGCCCUACUUCUGAAAUAUUACCUGAUUUUCAAGUGUUCUUUAACGAUAAAACUUCGAAUGAUUUCAAUACCCUCUUCACCUCUCUCCCUCUGGAAAGGGAAUACUUCGCAGCAGGCGUGCCUGGUUCUUUCUACCAAAGGUUAUUCCCCGAGUCUUCUCUUCAUGUUGUGCAAUGCCAUUAUGCAAUCUUCUGGCUCUCCAAGGUGCCAGACGAGUUGCAAGACAAGGAUUCUCCAGCUUGGAACAAAGGGAAGAUUCACUAUGCAAGUGCCCCCGAUGAAGUACUUCGAGCAUAUGCUAACCAAUGGGCCCACGACUUCGAUAGUUUCCUGAAUGCUAGAGCUAAAGAGAUUGUGCCUGGAGGGUUGCUUAUAGUUAUCAUGCCAAGUGUUCCUGAUGGAAUGCCUUAUUCUGAGCUUGCUAAUGGAAUAUUCUUCAAUCUGUUGGCAUCCAUCCUUCUCGACAUGGCCAAAAGGGGAUUAAUAAGGGAAGAAGAAGUCGAUGGCUUCAAUAUGCCGAUAUAUGCUGCACCACCAGGAGAAUUUGUGGCAGGGGUUGAGAAGAAUGGGCAUUUCAAUAUAGAAGAAAUAGGAUUAACCAACCCAGCACCAUGGCUAACAGAUGAUGUGCAUGUCGACAUGAUAGAGUUCUUAAGGCACAUAAGGGCAGCAUGGGAGGGAAUGUUCAUCAAACACUUCCCACCUAACAUUGUUGAUGAAAUAUUCGACCAGUUAACCAUCAGACUUCCUGAGGUUUUCGAGAGCAUGGAAAGAGCUUACAAGGACAAAAUUCAAGCCCACUAUGUCCUACAGCGCAAACCUUAUCAGUUUGAUUGAUACAAUUAUUUGUGCACAAUAAUGUCCUUGGCUUGGCUCUCAAAUGCACCAUUGAAAAUAAUAAUGAUUAAAAGAGAGUGACGUACCAAGCUGUUCUACUUGAGGUGGUACAAAAUUUGAUUCCUUCUACUAUUAUGUCUUUUAAUGUCAUCAUGGAUUUGUUUCUGCAUAAUAUGCAAACUUCUUUUUCUUCUGUUAA